AGAAAAGAAAAAUAAGCAUCUAAUGUAAAACUACAAAUUUGUCUCCCAUGUAGUAACUGCAAUAGCGGUUCCAAGAUCGCUCCCACCCCCUGUCGUAGAGCCACGUAUCAAUCUGAUUGACCGACCUCCAGUCACUUGCGUGCAUGCGGGAAACAAACCGAUAAACGCAUUUCGACGUGCACAUAUUGUUAAAAUAAAGAAGGCAGCAAUUGGCUAUAAAUGUCUACAGUUGUUGGUGCAGCUUCUGACGCUGUUCGUAUCUGGCCAGCUUAAAGAAGGACGGGCACACCGGUGCAGAGUCUCCGCCAUCUCAGUCAACGGUUCCGGAAUCUUGGCUUCAUCUACACGUAGUUAAGUUUGCAGUAUCAGGAUUGGACUGUGACAGUGGGCGAUUUUAUAGCCCAUCUGUAGAUUCUCUCUGACAUUCUUGCCCUCAGUGGAUUUUCCCAUUUUAUAACAGUAUCAUUCGGACAGUACACCAUCAUCAUCUUCAAUGGAUUUCUUCUAUCUAUUUUUAAAGGGAUUUUGUCUUUUUAUAGAGGGAUGCUGUGUAAGUAUAACGAUUGGAUUAACAAUCGUACGUUAAACACUGGUUUACCGACGAAUACAUUCAUCUCAUUUUUCGCUAUCAACUAAAAGGGAUGGGUGAAAUGUUUAAGUACAACCGGGCCAGGAUGCGUUAGCCCCCUGCAAAAAUCUAAAAAAUUAAUGACUAGAGCGCCACUGGGCUGUAGCUCCUGAAAUAGGCGAAGAAGGUGGAGCUUAAACCUAUAACUUUCUCUAAUUCGUCUGGGCUAGACGGAAGCUUUUCUUUUUUUCUACACCCAUACUUUUUAAAACUUCGCCGCACCUUUCGGGCAGAUGACUAGAUGAGACUGAAGAGAUUUGCUUUACCUGCUGUAGACUUCAUUGUGACUUGCGCGUUGACAGUACCUCUGUUUGUCCCACAGAGAAGAGACCUUCGAAAAAUAAGGGGGUAAUCGCAAUGACGGGCCUGCAGUGGGGUUACGGAGAAGACAAUGGUCCAUCAGAGUGGCACAUUGAUUUUCCAAUUGCCCAAGGCAGUCGGCAGUCUCCCAUAAACAUUGUCACCUCUGAUGCUGUGUAUGAUCCUGACCUCUUGCCUUUAUCCAUUUGCUAUGAUAGCUGCACCACCCUAAGCAUUUUCAAUGAUGGGCAUUCAGUUAUUGUUGAAUUUGAUGAUGUUGACAGCAAAACAGAACUGACGCCACGCUUCCAGUUUCUGUGGAUGCAUUUUUUUAAAGCCCUUCCGUGCUGUCGCAAGUAUUUGUCAGGCCUGUUUAAACGUCAGACAUCAACUCGGCAGCCAGGUGUGAUCCAGUCAGGUCCCCUGCAAGUACCAUAUAGACUAAAACAAUGCCAUUUCCAUUGGGGUGGGAAGAAUACACAUGGCUCGGAGCACACUGUGAAUGGCAAAUCCUAUGCCUCAGAGCUGCAUUUGGUUCAUUGGAAUGCUGUAAAAUAUAAAACUUUUGCUGAGGCAGCUGUUGCUCCAGAUGGACUGGCUGUGAUUGGCAUCUUCAUUGAGACUGGUGAUGAUCAUCCAGGUUUACAUCAACUAACAGAUGCAUUUUACAUGGUGAAGUUUAAGAUGCAUAGGUUUAGACUGCUUCUUUUCAGCAAUGAAGAUGAGGAUCGACUUCCCAUGAUAGAUAACUUUCGGCCUCCACAACCACUGAAAGGCAGGAAGGUGCGAGCAUCAUUCUGUGAAUAAGGACAAGCCCAGGCACUGACUUUGUCAAGUGUAUUCUGAAGGACUGUGAUUCAAGUGUAUUCUGUUUUUAUAGCCCACAGUAAAUCUCCCCAGAAUGCUGAAGCUGAAGGCUAAAUUCAAACUCCUGGAAGACAAACAGAAUAGAUUUCUUUACUAGAGCCAGAAAGAGAAACACUGCUGAAAAUAGCCAUUUUGGAUCUUUAUAGAACACAUAGAAAACAAGCUCUGGUCUCUUUGACAGGACUACUUUUCUUAGAUUAUUUUCUUGAGAUUAAUUUAUCUCGUGAGUGCUGUUAGCAUGAUACAUUAUAAAUAGAACUGUUAAUUAAAUGUGUAAAAAAAAAAAACAAAUGGAAAGAACAAAAUGUGUUUGGGGGUUACAAUGAUAGAGCCUAGGUAAUUAUUGGUUUUAAGAAAUACAUUUGCUGUACAGAAGAUUCAUCCCAAAGCUAUUAUCUGUAGUUUACUGGAUGUUUAAAGGCAUACAUAAUAGAGUGAUUCACAUGGGGAUUCUAAGCAGUGUGGGUGCACUAAUGUUUAUGUGGGUCUGUUUAAUAUGCAAUAGCUGAGUGUUCAUUUUUUUUCCUGUUGCACUGUUGAAAGGUGCUAAAAACUGAACAUCAUUUCCAUAAGGGGCUUGAGAACGAAUAACUCAUUCGUUGUUUAGUGAGUAUUUAUUUGAUAAUAACAGUUAUACAUAUUAGCAUAAAGUAGGACAGAACAGGUGGUAUUUUGUACUUCUAGUUAUUGAUAUUUAUUAUUGAGUCAGUGUGGACAAACUUAUUUAAAUGAGUUCAAGGGGAAUUACUGUUGCAUACAUUCAUUUGACUGAUGUUAACAGAAUCCAUAAUGUAUGACUGUUCUUCGUAUGCUAAAACUAAAUGAAGAUUACAUUUAAUUGCUAGGACUGAUGCGAAAAAGAAAUGUGAUACACAAUAAUUAUCAAUCAGUGACAGUGAUCCCUACAUGAGCCACUGUUUAUGCUUGAUGGAUGAGAUUAUUAUUUAAAGAAGUGGCUAACUGGUGAGGCUAAAGCCAUGGGCACACACCAGAACCAGAAAUGACCGUGAAUUGAAGGCAAAAUACAAAAAAGGGAUCUGUGUGUUACACCUCAUCUGGUACAUUAGUGCUGUAUAUUUUAAAUCCAGCUAAUAUACUUAAAUAAUUUCUUGCUGCUCUAUUGACUAUUCAUUCUGAUACCACAUUUAAAUGAUUUCAGUUGACCAAUAUGAAAAACUUUGCUUAGGUGAACUGUGGUGGGGACUGUAGUUUGUGGUGUUAUGAACAUACAGUUUGUUUGCCUAUAAGAAGGACUCUUCUAGUGCUUGUUCCACCAAAUAUACCUCUGUUUAGUAAUUCUUGCACUACACACUAUGGGAAACAUUACUAUUAGGACUGGCAUUCUGCAUGCUCAGUAGAGUGGUCAAGUACUAAUAUUGUUGAAGGUUUAAUUAUGACAAAAUUAACCACUGGGUAGUAUGCUUUGUAACAUUUGUUAAUGUGUCAUUGCUGCAGCUGAAUUAGUCAAGUUCCAGUUUCCUAGUUUAUUUGUUGACAAUCACAGCCUGAUAAAAAAACAUGGCUCACUACUAAGUAAAUCUGUGAACUUUAGUUUCAGGGCCUUAACCCUUGGGGUGAUUUACAGAUUACAGACAUGUUCCAGCAACAUUUGGAUCAGAAACUUUAUAAAGUAAUGUGUUAGAUCUCGAUAUAUUUCUGAUUAGAAUAGGAUGAUUAGUAAUGGGGUAAAGAAGAAAAGUGUGUCUGACAUAAAACAUCCUCUAACUGAUUUGUAGAAAAACAUGUUCCCUUAUUGCUACUCUGCCGGUGUGUGGUGGAAAUCACUGCAGCCUACAUUCACAUUCAGAAAUGUUUAUAAAUAGUCCUACUGUUCCUUUAAUAGUAAAAGCAAAAUUGUAAAAAAGGUGCCCUGUCUACUGUUAAGAUUUGCCAAUAGUCCUAAUGUGUAAAAUUAAGCAUAAUUAAGGCAUCAUGGAAUACGCAAAGACCACAAUGCUCCUUUUUAAUUAUAUAGUUGUUUUAAAGAGCUCAUUAAAUUAUUUGAGUCAUCUGCAAUUUGUGAGCUCUGCUGAGAUAUUAGAGUCAUUACCAAAAACCGAAACAUUUUUCUAAAUGCCUAUGUGUUAGCCAUCUUCGUAAUUAUAUUAAGAAAACUGGUGAACCAUUUACUUUAACUGGUUUUUGCCUGUAGUUUUUUUUUACAUAGCACCUUCAAUGUUGUUCUCUUUUGAAGAUCUUGAUGUUCUAUAAUGCUGCUUCUUUAAUAAUAAUAAUUAUAAUAAUUGAUUACAUUUAUAUAAAUCAUACAUGCAAAUUCAAGAACCCAUAAUAACAGUGUCUUGACAGUGCCAGUUGAGAAACUGAAACCUUGGCCCUUAUUUCAAGUACAGGUAAAAUACCGUUACAACGAACUCCCAGGGACCUAAAAAAUAUUUCGUUGUAACGAAAAUUUUGUUGUAAUGAGAUUCUGCAUUUAUUGCUAUAGUGCUUUCUUUAACUUGCGUCCAGGCAUUUGCAAUCAUUUCAAUAGCUUCUUUCACAUUAAUUUUAAUCUCCUCCUGCCUACAAGUUAUGCUGAUGAGAAUUCUUAUCAGCAUUUCAUUGUGAUGAUGCACUUUAAGGGUGCGAAUGAUGCCCAAACCCACUGGCUGAAGCGCUGCCGUGCAAUUGGGUGGGAGGAAUUCAACGCGAACAUUAUCUAAAUGUGGAAGCAUGUUGUGGGCAGCACAGUUAUCAAUCAGAAGCCGAAUCAUCCUUUUAUUUUUUCUUCAUAUUGUGAGGUUUCUGAACUCUUUUGAGACCCCACUCCCCACCCAAUAGGAACGACACGCUGAAGUGCAUCCCGAAGCGCGAUUGCAGCGUCUGUGGAAGAUUGUUUGUCCGUUGCUAGGACAGGUCAAUAGGAGGCUCACAGCGCUGCAGUGAAGCACCACAGAAGCAAAUCAUAAAAGAUCGGGGUCGCGCUAUAAGUCCCUGUCUUGCACCCCAAAACACGAGGCUGAGUCUCAGUACUUUAGCAAAACCAGCUUUAUUCAGCUUGAAACAUGAAUGGCACAGUUAUUUAUUGUAGCGGGAUCUGCCACUCUGCUAUACACAGACACAGCAGUCAGGCAGGGUCGUGCAGGUCAGUGAUCAAGUAAUCCUGUUAUCUGCAUUUACAAUUACGUGCUCCUAACCUUGCAUCACCCAUCGAGAUCUUUUCUGUUCACGGAGAUUGCACUUCGGCAUGCUCUUCGGCUUGCUGUCUAGUUGUGGGAGGUCCCAAGAGAGUUUACAAACCUCACAUUUUCUUGAAUGAGUGCCGCAUUAAUAGGAAUGUUUCUUGAACGAGCAUCACUGAACCACAUAAAGACGACUUUUUCGAUGUCUUCAAAUGCAGCAGUACACAUAUGUUUGCAACCCGAGAUUUUUCUUCUUUUUUUGCUCUGUCUUUCAAGAAAGUUGACAGUGUCGAAAUUACGAAUUCACUGGCAACGUCCUUUUUUUUUUUUGCUGCAAUCGAGAGCUGCAAAAAAUUAGUUUUUUUUCUAAUAUGAACUGUUAUCAUUUUUUCGUGUCUGCCGUUUCUAUAGGAGAGUGACAAUGAGUUAAAUUCCAAUGGAUGUUUUUCAAAUGUUGACGAGCAAUAAGCAAAAGGUAUCACUGAAAACCACUGAAAACAAAAAUAGCAAAAAAAAAAAAAAACAGUACAAAGAAAGUUCAAAGAAAGAAAAAAAAAUUACAGUGUUUCUGUUUGGGGAUCGUUGUGCACAACUGAGCUGCGGCCACAGAACUAACUGCUCUGUGGAUGAUUCAUUCAGGCAUUUCAAGGUCUUUUGUGCACUUCGUUGUAAUGAAAGUAUUCACUGAACGUACUUCGUAGUAAUGAGAUUUCUAUAGACUAGUGUCAUAUGGGGAAGCUGUCAGGACCGUACAAAUACAUCGUUGUAAAGAUUUUCGUUGUAAUGGAAUUUUACCUGUAGUUUUAGCAUUAUAUGUCAUGAAAGACAAAAUAAAGCUAACUCAGAUAAUUUCACAAGAGUCGACAUGUGCUCCUGUCUUUUUGAUGUAAGUAAUAACAUUGUUUACUACAGCUCACUACCAUAAACACUUUUUAUUUUUACUCAUAGAAAUUGAUGUUCGCAUUUGUUCUUUUAUUUUGCAAGUGGAUGACUGCUUUAAGAUAAGUCAGAGCAGCUAUUUAUUCCCGGUUGAUUUCUUUUUUUUUGUGCUGUUUGUUUUUUCUUUGUUAAAGUGAUAAAACUGAAAAUUUCACAGGAGUAUUCUGGGCAUUACAUAUUUUAGUAUAGUUUCUGGGUAUUUUUUAUUUUUAUUUUGGCAGUUUUUAAAUCUUCAUGAAAUGUAAGAAAACAAAUGUCUAUUUUUUUAUUUUUGUCGGCUUUUUUUAUUUUCAUUAGGAGCAAAAAAAAACUUUGGAUGUAUUUAAAAGCAAUUCUGAAAGUAUAACCAUAAUAAAAUAUAUUUAACAAGCA